UCUGUGUUUUUGAGUGGCAAACCCACAAACACCAGCGCCUGCACUUACCAUUCCAUUCCUGUGUUGUUGCCCACCAAAGAUAAUCAUGAACAGCAAGAGAGAAGGAAAUAAUAAUAAUAUUUAAUGAAUUGGAACUAUAACUAGUUGUUAGUUUGGUGGUGAUACCAGACAAAAUUCUCAUACUCGGAAUCUCCUAAACUCCAAACACUCCAAGAUACCCUGCUUGCUUGACUCUCAACUCUUCCUCAAUUGGGUGAUGCUGAUGCUACCAUUAUCUCUUCUUUGAUUCAACAACGAUUCUCCUACUAUGCCUAUCGCCUCUUCCCUUCUUUUCCCGGUCAAUCCCGUCACCGGAGUUGCCGGUUGCGGUUCAGUCAAGACUCGGAGGUUUGGUUUACGGUGUUCGCUCGACUCGGAUGUUUCUGACAUGAGCGUUAAUGCUCCAAAGGGGUUGUUUCCACCUGAGCCGGAACAUUAUCGGGGCCCAAAGUUAAAGGUGGCUAUUAUUGGAGCUGGGCUCGCAGGCAUGUCGACUGCUGUGGAGCUACUGGAUCAAGGCCACGAGGUGGAUAUCUAUGAAUCGAGACCUUUCAUUGGUGGUAAAGUGGGUUCUUUUGUUGAUAAACGUGGAAACCACAUCGAAAUGGGAUUGCAUGUUUUCUUUGGUUGCUACAACAACCUUUUCCGCUUGAUGAAAAAGGUUGGUGCAGAAAAAAAUCUUCUUGUGAAGGAUCAUACUCACACAUUUGUAAACAAAGGCGGUGAAAUUGGUGAACUUGAUUUUCGCUUUCCUAUUGGAGCUCCAUUACAUGGGAUUAAUGCAUUUCUGACUACAAAUCAGCUUAAGAGUUAUGAUAAAGCAAGAAAUGCUUUGGCUCUUGCUUUAAGUCCAGUUGUGAGGGCACUUGUUGAUCCAAAUGGUGCAUUGAGGGACAUACGAGAUUUGGAUCGUGUAAGCUUCUCUGAUUGGUUUUUGUCUAAAGGAGGCACACGCAAGAGUAUCCAGAGGAUGUGGGAUCCUGUUGCAUAUGCACUUGGGUUUAUUGACUGUGAUAACAUCAGUGCUCGUUGUAUGCUUACUAUAUUUGCAUUGUUUGCCACUAAGACAGAGGCUUCCCUGCUCCGCAUGCUCAAGGGUUCUCCAGAUCUUUACUUGAGUGGCCCCAUUAGGCAGUACAUUACAGAGAAAGGGGGCAGGUUUCACCUUAGGUGGGGAUGCAGAGAAAUUCUAUAUGAUAGAUCUGCUGAUGGAGAAACAUAUGUCACGGGACUUGCCAUGUCUAGAGCUACAAACAAGAAAGUUGUCAAAGCUGAUGCUUAUGUUGCAGCUUGCGAUGUUCCUGGAAUAAAAAGAUUACUUCCGCCAGGGUGGAAGGAAUGGGAAUUUUUUGAUAAUAUUUAUAAGCUCGUUGGAGUGCCUGUUGUCACAGUGCAACUCAGAUACAAUGGCUGGGUUACAGAGUUACAGGAUCUAGAACGAUCAAGGAAAUUGAGGCUAGCUGCUGGGUUGGAUAACCUUCUGUAUACUCCAGAUGCGGAUUUCUCGUGCUUUGCUGACCUAGCUCUGACGUCUCCAGCAGAUUACUACAUUGAGGGACAGGGUUCAUUACUCCAGUGCGUUCUUACACCAGGUGAUCCUUACAUGCCCUUACCAAAUGAUGAAAUCAUAAAGAGAGUAUCAAAGCAGGUUUUGGCAUUAUUUCCAUCAUCCCAGGGUUUGGAAGUUACUUGGUCAUCAGUUGUCAAGAUUGGGCAAUCUUUAUAUCGAGAGGGUCCUGGUAAAGAUCCAUUCAGACCUGAUCAGAAGACACCUGUGAAAAAUUUCUUCCUUGCCGGGUCAUACACAAAGCAGGAUUACAUAGACAGUAUGGAAGGAGCAACUUUGUCCGGCAGACAGGCUUCGGCUUACAUAUGCAACGCUGGGGAAGAGCUAGUAACGUUGCGGAAGAAGCUCAUUGCCAUUGAAUCUGAAGUAAACAAUCAAUCUGCUACUAUUUCUGACGAGCUGAGUCUUGUAUAAAUACCUCACUGUUAACAUUUAUUUGUCUGCACACCCAAAAUUGGCUGGAACAGGUAAAUAGCUGUGCCAGUGGUGGUGUGUUUGUUUAUGGUUUAUGUAACCUAAACGCAAAAUAGUAUAAAAUUACAAAAUUUAGAUUCCAUCAA